AUGUCAUUUAAAACCUUCAUUGGAAAUAAAAACACACGUUCAGGUAAAGAGCAAUUUCCAGCGAGUCAUGAUGAUAUUGGCAACGAAACAGAUAGUUCGAUGGAUACUUUCAUAGUCGAUGAUCUCA